GCCGUUGGGCGACCCAACAUGGCUGCUUUGCCGGAGGAGCCGACGGAGGCAGUAGCGGUAAAGCCGGAUCCUGAUGCAGGAGCGCCGCCGCCCGCUCCGCCCGCUCCUCUCUCCCAGUCCCCGAUCUCGACGGCAGCAGCAGUUGCAACAACUGUCCCUCCUGCGUCGGCGUCCUCGGUCCCUGCCACCCUUCUCGCGGAUGGGGAGCCGCUUGCGGGAGGAGUUGACGCGAAGAGCUCGGUGACUUCCAGCCCCACGCCGCCAGCCUCUCAACUACCCGCCGACAAGCAGACUCUGCUGGCGGUGCUGCAAUUCUUGCGCCGCAGCAAUCUGCGCGAAUCGGAGGAGAUCCUCCGGAGGGAAGCCCGUGGUCUUGUCGACGACGUCCCGAGCGACCCGAAUUCCUCAGCUCCUGGGGUCCCCGGAGCUCAUGGAGGGGAAGGACAGGAUCCCAGCGCCGGGAUCUUGACCCCUGGAGCGGCGGACGUGCUAAUCAAUUCUAUCACUUUUGGCCAGACUGGACCUACGAUCUCUCCAGCUGCUAUCACGACACCUCCCGCAGCGCCCUUGGGCCAUCCUGGGAAAGCCGGAGUUCUUGUAGAAGAUCAGCCAGAUGUGAGUGCAGUGCUAUCUGCUUAUAAUCAACAGGGAGACCCAGCACUUUAUGAAGAAUACUACAGUGGAUUGAAACACUUCAUUGAAUGUGCUCUGGAUUGUCAUCGAGCUGAAUUAUCACAACUUUUUUAUCCUCUGUUUGUACACAUGUACUUGGAACUAGUCUACAAUGGACAUGAAAAUGAAGCAAAAUCAUUCUUUCAAAAGUUUCACGGGGAUCAAGAAUGUUAUUACCAAGAUGACUUGCGUGUACUAUCAAGUUUAACCAAAAAAGAGCAUAUGAGGGGCAAUGAGACUAUGCUGGAUUUUCGAACAAGCAAGUUUGUGUUGCGUAUUUCCCGUGACUCUUACCAACUUCUGAAGAGACAUCUUCAGGAAAAACAGAACAAUCAGAUCUGGAACAUUGUUCAAGAACAUCUUUACAUUGAUAUUUUUGAUGGAAUGCCUCGUAGUAAACAACAAAUUGAUGCUAUGGUGGGAAGUUUAGCUGGAGAAGCAAAACGAGAAGCAAAUAAAGCAAAGGUAUUUUUUGGCUUAUUAAAAGAACCAGAAAUUGAGUUACCUUUGGAUGACGAAGAUGAAGAGGGAGAGAAUGAAGAGGGCAAGCCAAAGAAAAAGAAGCCAAAAAAAGAUAGUAUGGGAUCAAAAAGUAAAAAGCAGGACCCAAAUGCUCCUCCUCAGAAUAGAAUCCCUCUUCCUGAGCUAAAGGAUUCUGAUAAACUGGAUAAAAUAAUGAAUAUGAAGGAAGCUACUAAACGUGUUCGGCUUGGUCCCGAUUGUUUGCCUUCCAUUUGCUUCUACACAUUUCUUAAUGCAUACCAGGGUCUUACAGCUGUGGAUGUUACAGAUGACUCUAGCAUGAUUGUUGGUGGCUUUGCUGAUUCCACUGUCAGGGUAUGGUCUGUGACACCCAAAAAGCUUCGCAGUGUAAAAUCAGCUACAGAUCUCAGUGUCAUAGAUAAAGAAUCUGAUGAUGUUUUAGAAAGAAUCAUGGAUGAAAAAACAGCAAGUGAAUUAAAGAUUUUAUAUGGUCAUAGUGGACCUGUCUACGGUGCUAGCUUUAGUCCUGAUAGGAAUUAUUUGCUAUCAUGUUCAGAGGAUGGCACGAUCAGAUUGUGGAGUCUUCUAACUUUUUCUUGUUUGGUGGGAUACAAAGGACAUAAUUAUCCUGUAUGGGACACACAAUUCUCUCCAUAUGGAUAUUAUUUUAUAUCUGGUGGCCACGAUAGAGUGUCUCGUUUGUGGGCUACAGAUCACUAUCAGCCUUUGCGGAUCUUUGCUGGUCAUCUGGCAGAUGUCACAUGUACACGUUUUCACCCAAACUCCAACUACAUUGCCACAGGCUCAGCAGACAGAACUGUGAGACUUUGGGAUGUACUGAAUGGAAACUGUGUAAGAAUCUUUACGGGACAUAAGGGAACAGUUAAUUCAUUAGCAUUUUCUCCUAAUGGACGAUUUUUGGCAACUGGAGCAACUGAUGGAAGAGUGCUUCUGUGGGAUAUUGGUCAUGGUUUAAUGGUAGGAGAGCUAAAAGGACAUUCAGACACAAUUUAUGCACUCAGGUUCAGUAGAGAUGGAGAGAUCUUAGCUUCAGGUUCAAUGGACAGUACAGUUAAACUUUGGGAUGCUGUGAAAGCUUUUGAGGACUUGGAGACAGAUGAUUUUACAACAGCCACUGGACACAUAAACCUUCCUGAAAGUUCACAGGACUUGCUUCUGGGCACAUAUAUGACCAAAUCAACUCCAGUUAUACACCUCCACUUUACUCGAAGAAAUUUACUUCUUGCUGCUGGGGCUUAUAGUCCUCAGUAAAACACAAAAGUAAAUGGCUUGAUUAUGCAAGUCUUGUAAAGUAUGUUUAGAUCUUCACAUUCCUGAAUAUUACGAUUAAUAUAUUGUACAAAUGAACUGAAAUUCUAUUGGUACAAGAGUACUAAGUAAAGCAGGACAGAUAAAAAAACUUGCAUUUCUGCUUUUCUCUAACCCCCACCCUCAAACAGGAACAGUUUUUUCUACUGAAAUCAUAAGGAAGGAAUUGAUGCCAGCUGCGAAGAUAGUGUAAAUAGACAGCUAGUUUGGGUGCCAGUCAAUCCUUUUUCCCCUUUCUCAAUGGUCCUUGGGACACCUUUCCCAGCAUUAGCACUGCAUAUUUUUUUGUAAAACUUGUUCAAAAAAGUUGGGACAGUAGAAUGUAAUGAGCAGCAUGCUGUAUUUAUGUAGCAAGAAAAUCAGAAUUAUUUAAAUUAAGUACCCCAGAGCUUUAAAAAUCACAUUGUAUAAUUACAUAUGUAUUGGGAAUUACUAAAAUAAGUAGCAUCUCAGAUUGACUUUAUAAAUGUUACUUAAGACUUUUAAGAGGGAGACUGGCUUCUCUAAGAAAUCAAAAUAUUGUACUACAGAAGUAAAAAUUAUUGUCACAGAAAUAUGGCUAUUCAAAUAUGAAUCAGAAAAAAAUAGCUGGCUGUAAACUUCCAUAAUAAGUGUUGACUUAUGAAUUUUUUUUAAAAAAAGUGAUUUUGUAUUUUAUAUAGUUUUGUAUCUUUAUAAUAAAAAUUCUGUAAAAAUACUUGCAUUUGAGUGAGUUAUCUUUACAUGGUUUUUUAAGAAGCAACCUUUUAUUAGCAUACUUUUAAUGCAAUGAAUCAGGUACUUCUCACGUAUAAUUAGGAUCAGAAUUUCUGUUGCUAAGCAAUGUAGUCAUAAAGCAUGAUGGCACAUGGCUGCAUCAUUUAACAAUAGCAAUCCUGGCAAAUGAAAAUAACAGAUCAUUAAGUGAGAACAUUAUAUGAGUGCGACUUGCAACUUGCCAGCUUCCCAUAAGCAAAAUCAAUAGGAAAGUUGUGUGGAAUUUGUUUGUCCUGGGUGAAUUGCAAACUAGUGGACAAGUACUAAAGGGUGAGAGGGAAGUGCUGAGGUGAAUUAUCCAGGAUGCUGCUGUGGUGUAACUGCAGGAUGGCAUGUGUUAUGAUGCAAGUGUGCAUUGUAGUAUAUAGAAACUCUGGUAUCUCAUUCUGUAGCAGGGCUCCUUGAGAGAAAGAUGGUGGAGCACUUUUAAGCGACUUUCAACCUUCCCUGUUGGCUUCCCCAUUGACAUAUGACCAUAUGAUUGUUAUAUGAUCACGGUGGUGCAGUGACUACAACUUUUGAGAACCAGUGUUAAGUACUUUUCAGCAUGACAAUUUUGGUUGCUGAACGAGUAGUCAUUAACGGAAGAUUACCUGUACAUAAUUACAAUUUCAAAGAAGUUAUGAUACAGCAAAUAGUGAAAAAAUUCUCAGAUAAUGUAAUUUGUGGGGAAAAAAUUGCUAACAUUUCUGGGAUUGUAUGAUGCCGGCACUUAGCACAGGAUUGAAACAAAAAUGUGUUUCACAUCUGCAAGAAAAUCAUCAAGCUCAGAAAGAACCAAAGACCCAGCAGGUCAACCCUGAGCUACAAAUAUUCUCUUCUAUUACUAGAGAUUUGUUUUAGGGAAGCUUUAUGCUUUUAAAGAAUUUUGCUGUGACUGGUUAACCUUUUCUCCUAGAACCACCAGGAAAGCAGUGUCAACUAUAUCCCUGCAUCUAAGUCCCAGAUGGUUAGAAUAAUUAAAAAAAGUAUUUAUGUAGAACAUCAGAGAACAAUUAGAAUUAGGUGUGAUUCACAUAUAACACUGGACUAUGAUUUAGGAGAGGGAGUGGGCAGUGGGCAUAAAUUUUCAAGACUUUAAAUUUUUCAACAUUUUUAAAAAUUAUAAAACUGAAUUGUGAUUGAUGGCACCCAAUAAGAGCAAACAUGUUCUUUAUGGAUUUGGGCUAGUACUUGUAUGCAAUAUACUUUCAAAGUGCUGAUUGCAGGAAUAAGGUAGGAAUACACACCUCCCUUUGUAUUCUAACCCCCCCCCCCUCAUUUUUUUUAUCUAAUGGAUUCUCCAUGUAGUUUUACUGAUAACAAUAUAAACAUGGUUUACUAUUUCCAUCUUCCAGGAUGUUCUUUAAUUGCCAAGUCUACGGUUCUGGCCUUUCCAAAUGGUUUCUUAUACAUGUACAGCCAGGCUGAUGUAGGCAUGAAGAUGCUGGCCUAGAAACCAGAAAAGUGAUUUUUAGGCCUCCUUUAGGCUUGAAAGAUGGCUUGGUGAUGAUUUUGGGCAAGUUUUUCAAUCCAACUCACUUCUUCGCAGGAUUGUUGGGGAAGUAGUAUUGGCAUUCUUGCUGCCUUGACAGAUGGAUGGAUGGGUAAGAUAAAAAUAUAGUAGUACUUACCAAGUCUGAACCUGCUUAGAUUUUUAGGACAGCCAAGGUUGGUUAAUUAUGCUGUCUACUAUAGGGAUUUACAGACUUGAUUAUUUGGGACAGACACUGGGUAUCACUUUUUAAAUACAAACCUGUUUGGCCAUUUAUUAAAAGUUAACACCUAAAAUUACAUAGCAUGGUUGGUCAGUGUACAAAUCCAGUACUAUAAAUCCAAUUUUAUUAAUAUAGGAAAUAAUUACAGGAUAUUAUUUUAACAUUUGCCUAGUUUUUGAUAUCUCCCUUUACUUGUAGAAAAGUCACACAGGAUAUGGUAGAUGGAGAACGACAUAGGGAAUAUGCAUUAAUGUGUACAGAUGCACAUAAAACUUUAUAGGCCACUAUUUUAACAUUUUAAAUCAUAAAAGCCAAUAAUCUACAUUUAACGAAUUGUUUUUCUCAUUAUAAACUUGUCCAUACAUUAAGUUCUUCAGAAUAAAAUCUUAAGAUUUUUUUUUAAUGGGCAUUUGUGAACUGUUCUAAAGAAUUAUUUGUUGUUUUUUUUAAAGAUUGUGCCAUGUUAGCUUACUUUCCAUAUAUUUUAUAGUGCCUACCUUG